GGAGCCGCAAGCUGAGCUUCAACAUCGGCAAGAUGGAGCACGCCGAUUUAGUCGCCGAGAUGGCUCAGGUCGAGCAUCUCUCCACGCAGGACCGGCUGCAUCUCGCGCGCAUGCGCCGAGCACAGCAGCUAAAGGUUGCAAAACAGAAGGAAAAAGAAUGGCUAAAAGCGCAACGGAGCCGGGAUCGAAUGGGGACGCAGACGUCCUCUUACAAGCGACACAUCACGUUCGAGGAUAGCGUCGUCCUGUUGGAGGCCGCGGCACGAAAUGAUAUAGCAGAGGUGGCCAAGCUGCUCCAGAAGGGUGUCACACCGGAUGCAACGAACAUGGAUGGACUGACGGCACUGCAUCAGUGCUGCAUCGACGACAAUGCGGAAAUGUUGAACCUGCUCCUCGACUACGGUGCGAACGUGAACGCACAGGACAGCGAGCGGUGGACACCGCUGCAUGCGGCUGCAACCUGCGGACAUUUGAAUCUGGUAAAGAUAUUGAUAGCACGUGGUGCAAACCUGCUGGCGGUUAAUGCGGACGGUAACAUGCCGUAUGACAUCUGCGACGACGAGGAAGCGCUCGAUUACAUUGAAGCGGAAAUGUCGAAGCGGGGCGUUACGCAGGAGUUGAUCGACGAGACGCGAGCGGCUACCGAAACUCAGAUGCUGCACGACCUGCAAGACAUUGCCCUGCAGGGGGGCGAUUUAGAAAUACCGGAUCCACAGGGUGCAACGCCGCUCCACAUAGCAUCCGCGAACGGGUAUACACGGGUCGUCGAGUUCCUACUGGAGCAUCACACAUCGACCGAUGCUGUCGAUAACGAUCUCUGGACACCGGUUCAUGCCGCAGCUUGUUGGGGUCACCUGGAAGUCCUGGAAAUGCUUGCCCAAAGUGGAGCCGAUUUGAAUGCCAAAAAUAAGAACGACGAAACACCUUCCGACAUUUGCGAAGAUCCAGAAAUUCGAGAACGAAUAGAGCAGCUAAAGACAGAGCAAGAAAGCAAACGGUUAGCAGAAGCACAACGCAAACGUGUCCGGCGGUCGCAGAGCAACAACACGAGGGCGCAAUCCGUGAGACGAACAUCACUACGCGAUAAGGGCCUAACGACCAAAAAGGAUGCUGUAGAGGAGGCUCGUUUCCGACUACAAGCGCAAGAGGGAUACACAACCCCGGACGGUGUGGCAGCGGCAGCGGCCACAGCAACGACGAUCGCAACCGCAGCCGCGACAGCAAACGGUGACAAUAACAAUCAGUCAUCGUCCACCGCCUCGGUUUCAUCCACCUCCGUGCGCACUAACGCAUCCUCCCAGCAUGCCAACUCCACCGCAUCUUCUCCAUCCUCCUCCACCAUCAACACUACCACCACCACCACAAGCACGUCCAACCACACGACCACCAGCAGCAGCACCACCAUCAUCAGUAACGGCAGUAGCAAUAACAAUAACCUACCCCAUCACCUUCAUCACCAUCACAAUGGCAACAGCAACGGUACCACGCCCGCCCAUCUGAACAGUGUAAAUAACAACAGUCUCCCGAACGGCACGAACGGUGGACCGAUCAUGAACGGCGGUGGUGGUGGUGGUGGUUUGAGCAACAACGUCCGCCACAUGAACAGCAUCAACAACAACCAAAGCAGCCUGCAGCGUCACCAUCAGCAGCGAGGCAAGGUGACGGGUUCACCGGUCGGUGGUGGAUCGCCCACGCUCAAUCAGUACGAUCGGCGCUCGCCGGACGGUAAGGAUAACGAUGAGACGUACCUGAUCGAGUCGAAGGGAUCGGUAGGGUCGGCGGGCCUGAACCCGCACACACCCGGUACUGGUGGUGGUGUUGGUCUAGUCAGCAAUAAUCAUAAUAGCAAUGGUGGUAUGGGAGGUCAUCAUCAUCUGCACCAUCACGGUUCGGUUAACAUUCCAGCGAACGGGGGCGGCGGCACCCUGUCGGCGGCCACGGUUACCGGUGGCAGUACUGCGGCCGCCGUUGCAGCGACCACCACCGCCGCCGAGGUGUACUCCACGUCCAACAGUGAGAACGGCAAGAUCAACGUCCAGGUGACGGUCCUAGUCGAUCCCUCUGUCGCAGGAACGCUGGCCGAUCUGAAGAAGCACCGGUCACAGAACCGCUCCAGCGUCAGCCCGGAAAAUGGUUCCCUGCUCAGCGGUACCGCCCCGAGCCUUGCGGGCAGUAUCGGCAACGGGGGCGGUACGACCACCCCGAACGGUGCCAGUGCCGGUACGCCCCUGGAACUGUCGCUCGUAUCGAACGAUCUGCAGCAUCAUCACCAUCACCAUCUGCAUCAUCCGCAGCAUGCGUCGCCACAUCUCAACAAUCGGCACCAGCAGCAACAUUACGGCGAUGGCAGUGUAAUCGGAACCGGAAACGGAUCCCUGCACGGUUCGGUGGCGGCAAUCGGGGAAAGCGAGGCGGGCACACCGGGGGGUACGCUGUCGAAGUUUAGCGGCAAUACCAGUGACGUCGUGAGCGACAGCACACGAUCCAGACGUUGCUGUGUGGUGAUGUAA